AUGUGGCGAAAACCAAGAAGCGACCACGAUGAAGACUGGGAGGGAGACAAGGGUAUUUCCACAACAUGGCCUCGGAAAUUCCUUGACCGCUGCGUCCUAUACGAGGUUGCUAAAUUUGUCUCCAAAUAUGCCGACUGCGAGAUGAUCGACGACGAUAAUUUGAAAAUACUAGGAAAGGCUGGUCGGAAUGUUUGCGUGCGAGCGAUACCAGAUAUCGGCAGUGAUGCAGUCAUAAGAUUCUCGCGGCCUGAUGUUGAUGCAUUUCCGGAGGAGAGGCUUCGCAAUGAAGUCGCCGUGAUGCGAUAUAUCCACGACGAAACAUCAAUACCCGUUCCUUUUAUUUUUCAUUGGGGAACGCAAGAGAAAAGUCUCGACGCACUCGGACCAGUCAUGGUCAUGGAGUAUAUGGAUCAUGAUAGGACCAUGUCUGACAUUUUAAGAAACCCACGAUUCCCGGAUCAUUUCCCGCCAAUUUUGGACAAUAACGUCUAUAUCGAGGUACUCGAGAGAAUGUAUGGACACCUCGCAGAUAUUAUCCUUCAGCUCUACAUGAAGUCAUUCCUCUGUGUCGGGUCAUUGGAUCAUGUUGAUGACUUCACUUGGGAAGCGACCAAGCGGCCUCUGUCACUUCAAAUCAAUGACAUGGCAUUGACUAGUAAUUUACCAGAGUCACACCUUCCAUCUACGAUUUUCUACACAGCGUCGUCCUACAUGGAAGCCCUGGCGGAUCUUCACAUGCAUAACCUGAUCCAUCAGAAACAUCGGGUCACUUCUGCAAAUAGAUUUCGCCAGAAAUUCAUCGCUAGAAAGCUCUUUCAAAGACUCGCCCAAGAGAAGAAAUUGACAGACGUGACUCUCGAAGACGCACGACACACACUAUGUUGUGAUUCCCUCCACCCCACCAAGGUCUUGUUAGAUGGAGUAGACUUGGCAGCCGUGCUGGGCUGGGAGUACACAUAUACUGCACCUUUGGAGUUCUCUCACGCACCGCCCUGGUGGCUUCUUCUCGAAAAGCCGGAACUCUGGCCAUCGGGCUUGGAGGAUUGGCAAACUCAAUUUGAUUGCCGUUUACAAGACUUUCUACGCAUGCUAAUCGAGUGCGAGAAUCGCCGUCAACUGCCAGAUGACCAACGCCUGUCUGGCCUGGUGAAAAGAAAUUGGGAAAAGGGGGACUUUUGGGUUCUGUAUGCGGCGCGGAGUUCCACUGCGUUUGAUGAAAUAUAUUGGCGUAAGAUUGAUGAAAAAUUUUUUGGGACCACAGAUGACCCAGAUUCGUGGGAAGAAAGACUUCUGAUUCUGAGUGAGGAGGAGAAGGAGGAGAUGGAAGCACUAGUGAGUGCGAAUUUUAAAGAGACAGAAUAA